CUUCUGUUUUCAUGACAAUCGAUGCUCACUCAGGUCGCAUUGCAGCUCCCUGGAGAUACUGCCUGUAAUUCUGAGAACUUCAGUCGAUUACGAGCCAUGCAGGCGUCAUCUUCUGUUUCCGCAACGGCGCUACCGAUCCCGGCAUUCAACAAAUUAACAGGAAAGCGCGUGGUUCUCGCUAGUGCGAGCCCCAGAAGAGCUCAAUUAUUAGCAGCAGUGGGUCUGACGCCAGAAAUUGUGCCGUCAACAUUCGAAGAAAAUCUGCCGAAGUCAGAAUUUAGAGACGAUGCAGCUUAUGAGUAUCCAGUGGAGACGGCAGCAUCAAAAGGCAUCGAAGUGUAUCAUCGUUUAAGUCAAGAUGUGAACCCUCCAGACUUUGUCAUCGCGGCGGAUACCAUCGUGUUGAAGGACGGCGAGAUUCUGGAGAAGCCAAUUGACAAGAACGACGCACUGCGAAUGCUACAAGAUCUCAAUGACGGGAAGUGUGAAGUGGUGACCGGGGUAGCAUUAGUGCAUCCGAUCCUGACCGCGCCGGGAUAUGUGGUUCGACGAUUGACGGAGAAGGCCACAGUCCAUUUCGGUCACUCUUCUCUCGAACUUCUGACCGCAUAUGCCGAGUCUGGGGAAGGCCUCGACCGUGCAGGUGCUUUCGCGAUACAGGGUCUGGGUGGCCUCUUUGUGCGCGCAAUUGAGGGAGACUGGAACACCGUUGUGGGUUUUCCCAUAUAUUCCUUCUUUGCCUUCCUGCACGAGUUGGCUGAAGAUGGUGAACUCGACGUGUAGCAACCGCACAUUGCAUCUAUGCUGCAAGACGUAUGCUACAAAAAGCUCAUCGCGUCCUCCUGGCUGCUUGCAAAUAAUUGAGUCCCCC